AAUAGUUAAAAUUGAAUGCUUCAUUGUAUUUCUAUACGUCACAGUUAUUAUUUAUGUAGUUUCCAAGUAGUUAUAUUGAAUUCCAAUAUUGAGAUAGUGAGAAUAAUCUACAUGAAUUUCAACAGACAAUAUGUAUAAUGCGAUUUUAGUCUUACUUUUUAUCAUAGACGAAGUAUUAUGUGAUAUCUGCUACAAGUACAGCUAUUAUUACAGAAAUUAUUACUACUCCUACUGUAGUGGGUAUUGUAGCGGAUCAUUUGGAACAGAAUAUUGUACUUACUAUGAUUAUAACUACGGAAGCUAUGUUAUUUCCGGAGGUGCCAUAGCAGGAUUGGUUAUCGGUGUAUUGGCAGCAGGAGCCAUUUUUGUUGUAAUUGUUGUUAUAUGUAUAAAAGGAGGAUGUAACAAAGGCAGACCAGGCAGAGUUAUGACAACAACAGGUGGAGGCAUAGGGACACAUGUGGCUGUCACAAACACCAGUCAUAACCCAGGAUAUAUGCAGCCUAUGCAGCCUAUGAAUCAAUAUGGAUAUUCUGCCCCACCUCCUGCGUACGGCAUGAUGUAUCCACCAGCACAGCAGGUUUCGCCAGCUUAUCCGUCGGCUCCUGGAAUACAGCAGGGGUACGGUGCACCUGCCCAACCACAAUAUAAUCAGCCAGUCUUUGGCAAUUUGCCACGUGCUAAUAUGUGACAAAUUGUUUAUAUUAAUUGCAUUUAUUUUUGCACAACCUUUAUAAUUGCUUAAUAUGUUAGUUAUUG